AUGAGUUCGUCAACAACUCCUUUUGUUCUUCUUCUCGUCUUGAUUUUGGGAACUUCAUUGGUCUCCACUUGUUUCCUCAACUCUUGCCCUUAUCGUAGAUAUGGAAGAACUCUCCGUUGUUCGAGCUGUGGUUAGUUUUUCUAAUAAUUUCUUCUAGCAAAAAAAAACAAAUCUUGAAAUUUUAGGACCAGAUCUCGAUGGAGUUUGCGUUGCCGAAGGCAAAUGCUGCACUCAUGAUGAGUGCUACGCCAGUUCGGAAUGCGGAUACAUUUCCGUAUGUCCUGAAUUGUUCUGCAAAAUUGGCAGAAAUCCAGGAUACUGUAUGAAAAAAGGAGUUUGCUGCACUGCGGGUGAGCUUCUAUUUAUCUCAUAGCUCAAAAAAGGAAUCAUACAUUUUUAGGCGGAUGUCAAGCGAGUGCAAUGUGUUAA